CAGAGCAGGCUGUGUCCGCUUUACCUGCGCAUAGCUCUUGAAGAAGCAUCAUUAAAUAGGCAUGAUGUCAAAGCAUGCUGGGGCCUUGCAAUCAGUCUGCGAGUAGGGAAUCAACACAGCUAUGUCGGGCGACUAUCACGCGACGCUGACCCUGUAUCCACGGCAAUAUGUGCCAGCAUCCAGCCGGCGGUCUGCAGGGGAAGUGGCGUUCGGGUCGCCCCAGGCAGCCAUCAAUGAGGAGCAAGACCUUACGCCUCCGCCAGGCUACGACCGGUCCCAGUUUGCGGGCAGCAGCGAUGAGGAGGAGGAGGCCGUAUUGCCGAAAGGGCGUGCUGUGGACCUCGGUGGCCACCUGAGAGGCCCCGGCCCUAGGCGUCCACAUGACCCAGGACCGAUACGUGCAGGCCAAGGCACUGCGCCUGCUGUCGGCCUCCCGGGCCCUAACCUGCUGACAGUGCAGCAGAGCCUGGAGGACAUGCUAGCAACAUGUGCGCGUCUCCAGGGCGAGCUACAGGCGUCCAACGCUAGCCCACCUGCCGUGGCUGCCCCAGCACCUACAGCAGCUGCGGAUGCCACUGCGGACAAUGGCUUGGCUGCGAGACGCGGGUUCGGGAGCAGCGCUGGGGCCCCAGGAUUGCAGCUGCAGCUGGACGGUGGGCUGGCAACGGGCAGCAGCGGCACUCUGCAAGCUCAUGCCGACAGCACCGCCAAGGCAGGCCCUUUUGGCAUCAGCGGGCAACACGUGCGGCUGUUGGGUGCGGCUCCACUGCCCGCGGGAUCUGCAGCGGCUUCAAGGCCGUCGUCUGGGGCCAGGGGCCCGCUGGAGGCUUUGCGUGAUGAGCUGUUCAGCGGCUUCACCGUACCAGCCGUUGCCAACGGUGCGGCGGUAACGGCGGCCACAGGGAACCACCAACACCACCCAGCCCCAUCGGGUACCACCUCGAUUUCGGGCACGGGCACGUUACCAACCACACCUGCGGUCGCUGGGAGGCAGAUGGCGCGGUCUGUCAGCCAGAACAGCGGUGCUACCUGGCUCAGCCCGACGCCUAGCAUCCGUGCUGCCAGCAUGGCGCUGCACGAAGAACAGUCAUCCCAGGCAAUGCACAGCGUAGCAGACCUGUCAUCCAUUUACUCAAUGCCGGAGUCCGCCCUAAACGCGGCCGUGGGCGCGGUGACGCCAAUGUCCUACACCACCGCCGCUGUGUCUGAGCUAGACACCCCUACUAGUAGUGGCAGCCGUGAAGAGGAGUACUACAAAUUGUCACCAGGAGGCAACGGCAGCUUUGGCAGCCCACGCACCGUCACGGCCGCUGGCGCGGCUGCCGCUCGGCGUAGCGGCGCUGGGGUAGCCCUUGUGUCCGGGUAUGAGGACUACGUGCAGCCCGCGGCGUGGACGUCGCUGCGGGAACGCCACAGCAAUGCCGGGCCCUCGCCUGCGGGUGCUGAUGCUGGGCUACAGCCGGGCGGAGACUCCGCUGGUGGUCCCGGGGACACGGCAGGGCGCUUGACGGCUCAGCAGCAGCUAGUUGCUGCGCUCGGCAGUGGGGUUGACCAACCCAGCAGUGGCAAGGUAGCAGUUCCGCCAGAGGCACAGGCACUACCACCGGCGCUGUCGUUUGGUGACAGCGUCAGCGGGCGGGCCGUGUCAUUCGGACUGCCCACGCUCGCUGCUGGGGUUGCGGGCGCGCUGACCGUCGACAGUGCGGCGAACCUGGCUGACGCAACAAAACCUGCACCUGGGUCGGCAAGCGCUGCUGAAAAUGAGCGCGCACCCAGCUCCCAGCUGAUACGGAGCCUGUCAUUCGGCGGCCUGGCGCCCGGCUCGGUCAGCAACGUCAACACGCCGGCCGUGAGUGCUGGCGGCGCCAACGUGCUGCUAAGCUCAGAUGGCGCGGGUUCCAGGGCUCUAGCGGCGCCACCUCCAUCCCAGCGGCUCUCGUUAGAUGCCGCUAACACCAGCGUCGGCACGGCUUCUAUGCACCUGCAGCAACCAUCGGGCGCCGGGGAGCGAGGCGGGAUAGGCAGCCUCACAUUUGUCAAUCCCCUGUUCGACCCAGCUCAUCCGGAGGAUAGCUCCAAUGCUGCAGCGCAGGACACAGGCAGCAACGGCGGGCAGUCUGCCGGCACAGGGCCGCAGCACGAUGACGGCGCGGUGGAGGAUUCUGAGAGAGGCAGCGACCGCGAGCUCAAAGCGGCAGUAGUGGAUGAGGAGGAGCAGGAGUUUAUCGAGGAGGACAUCCCAGAGGCAGAGUCAGCUGGGGAAGAGGAGCCGGCAAUGGGGCAAGUAAUGACAGCGCAAGUGGCCGCCCCGGGCGAGGCUAGCGCUAGCCGUGAGGCCACUGAGGAGGCGCCUCAGGCCGUCGCAAGCAGUCCGCAGGGCACUGCUGGCUCCGGCAGUGCCAGAGCGGGCUUGUUUCGCCAGCAGUCGUGGGGCUCGUCGGCGGCCGGCCUGGCAGGUGCAGCAGGCGCAGGGACUGGCAGCGCGCCGCCACCAGUAGUUGACAGCGCUGGCGAGGCUGCAGGUGGCGCUGCUCUUGACGAGCGGCCAAUUGUCACAGCUGCGGCGCGUUUCAUGUCGAGCCCUGGAGGGCCGGCACAGGGGCCACCAGCAGCGGCUGUGGAGCGGGGAUUCGCAAGCGCAGGCGGUGUAGGGGGCAACUUCGCCUCACCCCCGCCGCAAACGCCUGCAGAAGGUGACAUGCACACGCCGUGGAUGGACGCCGCCACAGCCGCAGCUGCUGCCGGCUCAGGCGCAUUGCUACGCGUCUCUCCUGGCUCUGCCGCAGCUACAGCCGCAGCAGCAGCGUCGCAAGGUGGCGCCAGCGGCUACUCGGGCAUGUCGGCUGCGCUGGUGGGCUCUGUGCCGCAGCAGGACCGUGAGGAGCGCGUGCGCAGCUGGGCUCAGACAGAGGCAGACUUCGCGGCCAUGCCUAUGGGCUCAGGCAGCAACGGCGGCGCUGGGCCGCCUCCGGAGGCAGGUUCACUUGGCGGUGGCAUGGCGAGCGCAGCCGCAGAAAUGCCGUCUGAUGCAGCAUCUAUGAUGACACGGGCAGCCGCAGCGGCUGCGGCUGCCGGCCUGGCUAUCCCAGGAGCUCCACUGGGCGCAGGGAGGGCGAGCAGUGCUGCUGCCGCGCCCAAGGCAGCGACAGCCUGUCAGUCUUCGCCUGCAGCUGGUGUGCAUACCGUUGCGAAACAGCUGUCGCCCUGCACCGAGUCCGCGCCUGCACCCAAGGACUCCUUGGAGGCUCGCAUGGCUCAGGUGCUCCAGAGCACGGGCACGGAGGCCAGCCCUGAGGCGAUGCGCAGCGCAGGCGGGGCUGCAAAGGCAGCAGGCGAGGCCUCCUCCCCUGCAACAAGCGCUGCGGCUGCGCCGGCACAAUCGGCUAUGCCCGUCAUAACGCAUGCUUCAGGUGGAUCUGGCUCUGCUAUGUCGGUGACUGCGGCCGCGGAGGCAGCCCUUGCGGCGCUCAUAGCCGCCACGGCGGCAGCUCAGCAAGACCGCCCUAUUGCAGGCGUAUUGCACAACCCUGCCGCUCCAGCCGUCAACACUCAGCAGCCGCAGCCGGUCGCAGCACACGUGGCGGCGGACACAGCAACAGUUUCACAGCCUGCACCAAGCCCGGGUGCCGCGGCGGUGCAAGGCGCCGAAGCGCGGGCGAAGGGCGCUGAGGGCGUUGCGGCGACUGAGAGCGACGCGGCCAUGGAUGCCGACCUUGACCGCUUGCUGUCCAUGCUGUCGGGGCGUGGCGCACGCAGUGAGGCGCACAUGCGGUUGGGCUUUGAUUCCUUCCGCAGCGCCGUCGUCACCGCGGCUAUCGCCCCUCGGCCCAGGUCUGCGCCCGGCAUUGCAAAGUUGGCUGCAGCCAUGGCGGAGGCCGCAGCCGAAGUGGCGGCAGAGGAGGAGGAGCAGCGGCACCAGCAGCACAGUCCGGCCGCCGCGGCCACCGCAAUGUCGGUGCGUACGUCAGGCCUGCCGGGCCAUGCAUCGAUGGCGGCAUCAGUAGGCGGCAACAGCCCCCGCUCGCCGCUGGAUGUGUCCGGCCGGCUUGUCGCAUUUGCUGCUGCGUCGGCGGAGCGGGGCAGCGCGCAGCUGCCGACGCUGAGCCGCAUCUCGGCUGGCGUGUCGUCUCGCGCUCAUCCUGAUGCAGAGUCUGCAGCGGCGGCACCGUCCAGUGCUGUGCGGCCUACCUCGUCCAUCACCCUGCAGCCACACCCGGCGCCAGUGCACCACCAGUCCCAUCACCAGCUGAACCUCCCCGGCCACACGGGUGCGCAAGUGCGCGGCAGCGGCCUGCCAGAGCACCCACAUCCACACCUGCAGCCGCACCUGCCGCUGCACCCGCACCUACAUAUGCACCCUUCCGUUGGGAACAGCGCAAGUGCGGGCGGCACCCAUCACAUCCACUCACUCCCGCAGCCCCUUAGCACCACCGCCAGUCUUGCGUCUAUCGACUCUGAGGUGGCAGCUGAGCGGCUCAAGGCGAAGACGCGCGCCUACCUCGCGCGCGGUAGUGGAGGCGGCAGCAGCAGGGACUCAACCGCGCCGAGUCCGGACCCGGCGCCGCAGCGUUCUGGCCAGGCCACCGUGGUGGUGGUGCCCUCAACUAUCAGCGACAUACACGCCGCGCCGGCUCAUUCGGCGCGGGCCGCGGGCGCUGCUGCGCCCUUCCGGGACAGUGCCGGCAUGGAGCUGUCAUUUGCAGAGCUGCACCUGCCGCUAGACAACCUGCUGGUACAGGCACAGCGCCUGCGCAUUGCAGAGGAGGAGGCGGAGGGCCAGGACGUGGAGACAGAGGAGGUUGAGGAGGAGGAGAUGCCUAGCUCGGAGGACUACAAGGAGGGCAUGGAGCGGCCGAAACAGCAUGCCGGCCUGGCGGGCGUGGCGGUAGCAGCGGUCGCCUCGGCGGCGCCAGCGCUUGGCGACUCCUCCUCUGAGCUGGAUGACAUUAUUCGCCAGUUGCACAACCUGAUGGGGGCGGCGGCAGCGGCGAAAGCCGUCCAGCUAGACCGCGCUUCCAAGGGUGGUGGUGUGGCCUCCCCUUCACGCCGCUCGCCCCAAGAGCAGCAGGCGCACGAGGAGGAGGAGCGGCGCGAGCUGGCACACCUGCGGGAGGUGCAGCAGACGGCGCGGGACGAGGUGGCGCGGGAGCAGCUAGAGCGGCAGCAGCACCUGUGGGAGGAGGAGCAGGAGCAGUCCCGGAGGCGUGUGACGUGGCUGCAGGAGGAGCGAGAGCGUCAGGACCGGGAGGCGCGGGCCGUCGCGGCUCUGCAGCGCUUCGGGGAUGUGGGGUCACCAGUCCGGGGCGUCGUGCAGGCGUACGAUACCACAGCGGCCGGCAGCGUGUCGCUACGGCUUGAGGAGGAGAACAGUCGGUCAGAUGUCUCCCCGUGGGGAUCUGGUCCUUCCACAGCCGCCCCAUCACCACCUAUGUCUCGAGCCUCGGGCUGGGCGCCGGCGCAGCAGCAGGCGCAGAGCAGUGGUGCCAACAGCAGGUCGAUGAGCGCGCGAGCUGCAGGAGCAGGCUAUGCAGCCAACCGGCGGCAGCAGCACGGCAGGGCCGAGGCCUCGCGGUCCAGCGGACCACCGGCAUCGGUGUCACCGUCUGCCGCAGCUACCUCUUCCGCCGCUCUAGAUGCUACCGUUGUCACCGCCGCGGACGCCAAUGGGUCCAGCAUGGCUUCAUACCUGCAGCUCGCAGCUCAGGCGGCGGCGCUACGGAGCCAGGUUGAUGCAGCCUACAGCGGGCAGGGUUCGCUGGGCGCCGCACCGCCACUGAUGGUGCUGCAGCCGCCCCCGCCGCCUCCGCCCAUGCCACCCGCCCCAGCGCAGCAGCCGCUACUGUACCAGCAGCCAGCUGAGGGCACGGCAGCGCAUGGUGGUCCGCAGUCAACGCAGUGGCAUGCGGCGCUGGCGGCGAAGCUGCUAUCCCCCGAUGCUAUGCAGCAGCGCUCCAGCGGCGGCUACCAGGACGCUGCUGUGGUGCUGUCUGAGUGGAAGGUUCCAGCGACCUUCACAGCGGCUGAGCCCAGAGGUGCGUCUGGUGCGAUGGCUGGCGCACCAGGAGCACGGCAACAGGGCUCAUCCGCUGUGGCCUCAGCAGGCAGUGGCGUUGCGAGCGGUGCAGCCUCGCAGGCCAGGGCUCCGUCACCAGCGGGCCGCGGUACGGCCACCCCGCCAACAAGCGCCGACACCUGCGGCACAAUCAGUGCAGCUUCUCGCUCGCGCCGCCCUGGCUCAGCGCCGUCCACUCCUGCGCGCGGAAACUCGCCCGCGCGUCAGCACGCCCCCAGCAGUAAUGUGGCGGCAGCUGCAGCGCCAGGGGCACGGGACGGCAGCACAUUUCCGCUUAACCCUGCCAAGAGCCCACGCAGUGCGCGUGAUGCGCGGGGCGGGAGCAGUAUCCUCGAUCGCGCAGCGUUGCGCCCUGGUGCGGCGGCUGGCGGCGCGGGCUCGCCCUCUCGCGGCCGCUCGCCGCCUGCCGCAGUGGACCCAGGUACAGAGCCCAUCUCCAUCCGUCGCCCGUUCGCCUGGCAGGAGCGUGAGACGCGGCACUGGCUGGAGGACUUGGGGCUCAUGGUCAGCCACGUGGAGGAGGCUGCUCCGCUUUUGGACAAUCCGCUGCGCAAUGGGCUGCUUCUGGCGGCGCUGGCGGUGCGGCUAACCGGCAUGCCGCUGCCCGCGGGCGUGCUGACGGACCCGCCGCGCGACGUGCGCUCGGCGCGUACCAACGUCCUGUGCGCCGUGGACCACCUGGGUCUGCUGGCGGCGCCUUGGGCGCCACCGGUGAGCGAGGAACAGCGCAUCAGGGCCGAGGCGGCAGCUUCGGACCUGGCUGCUGCGGCUGCAGCCAUCGGCAGUGGCACUGGUCGGUCCCGCUCACCAAGCCCGUCACGAAGCGGCGCGAACAUGGGCUCCUCCGGCAUCAUCGCCAUCAAGGCACUCGGCAACGCGGGCCGUGGCUACGCGCUCCGCCUCAAGGAACGCCAGUUGCGCGCUGGACUGGGGCUAGUGGCAGAGGUGGAGGCCGUCCUGGCGGGCAACGCCGACAGCGUGUGGGGUCUGCUCAACUUCAUCCGUCUAGCCUGCGCGCCUCAGUACAUGAUGGGCGGCGGGGCUACCAGCGCUGGUCGCGGUGGUGGUCGGGGUGGCUAUGAGGACAUGCACAGCCGUCGCGCUUUCGAUGUGCGAGGCGGCCCCGGCCCCAACGGGACCGCGGCUCUGGGCCCAGCCCCGACCGUGUUUACGAGCAACAGCCCAUCCCGUGCGGCCAGUCCGGCGCGCACCGUCGCAGCAGCAAUGAGCAGGCCGGGCAGCCGGGCGGCGUCACCUGCGCGCUCUCCUGCCAUCGGGGCCGUCACUGCUGCUGCCGGCAGCGGGAGUCCGCGUAGCGGAGGCACAGUCUCCCCGCGGAAGAUGUACUCGACCAUCGUGUCAGAGCAGGCGAUCCUGGCCAGCCGGGCAGGCCACCGCGGGGGCCUGCUGGUGCAUGGUGCGGUGGCAGACCCUAGGGGGUCUCUGGGCGCGCUGCUCCAUGCGAACGGCGCUGCAGCAGCGGCUGUCGCGGCUGCGGCUGCAACAGAUUCCGCCCUGCUGCACAACCCCGGCGCGGGGGCAGGUGGUGGCGGUGCUUCACCUACUGCAACCGGUGCCGCGGCGUCCGACGUACCCGCUGGCCUCCUGUACAGGCCGCUUUGGCCGCGGUUCAAUGCAUUGCCGUACGGCGCGUCCGAGCUGGCGGCUCUGGAGUCCUCCCUGCUACGCUGGUUGAUGGAAAGCGGGUCCAUCAGCAGGCGCGAGGCUGCAGAGGGCUUCAGCGCGCUGCUACCCAUGUUUGAAGACGGCACGUUCAUCUGCUGGCUGGUCUCCAACCUCAGCGGUAAACCAAUCAUCGGCGCUCACCGCAGGCCUCUUACCGACACGGCGCGCCGCACCAACUGGCUCAAGGCCAUUGAGGUGCUGCGGACCCUUCCGGGCAUGUCACGCAGGUUCCUGCUGCACGAGGAGGCGCUCAUCCACUGCUGUCGCCCAGAGCUGACCGGGCUCCUGGAGGACCUGCACCGUUUGGCGGACGGCACCCCGCCACCUCCCGGCACGCUUCUGCCAGACGCGCAGCCAUAUCUGCCAUACGUGGCGCCGAUGCCCGAGCCAGAGAUGCUGGACCCGGAGCUGCUGGCACUAAACCGUACGGCCCUCACGUUGCCGGCUGGGGCCACCGUGCGUAUCGGCGGCCGCAGCUCGCCGACAACGUCCCCGGCGCGGCUGCGGCCUCUGCCACUUGGCGGCGGGGUUGCCUCGCCGCCAGGAUGCUCACCCAGCCAUUCUCCGAGCCGUCAAAGGCCGGCAGACGGUGCGACCAAGAGCGCACACCCGAUUGGCUACCACACCACUUCGCGCGUGCUUGCGGAGCCGCGGCAACCGCAGCGGGUGGCCUGGGCGGCAGACAGCCGACCCUCCGGAUCUGUGCAACGUGCCGCGGCUCCGGCAAGGCCGCAGUCUGCGGACCGGAUGCGGCGCAGCGGCGGGUUUGGGGCAGCUAGCUUGGCAGCGGAUCCGGCUGUGUCUGGCAGCGCUGCCCGGCCUUCCUCGGCGAACACACGGUCGCGCAGCGGCAGCAAUGGCAGCGGGGCCGUACGUCGGUCAGCGGCUGCAGCACAGGGCUACGCAGCCGUGGGCGGAGCGGCCAGCAUUGUGGAUAAGCUCACAACCCCAACCAGAUCCACCCCUGCCUCGAUGUCUGCCCUAGCUGCUGCUGGCGCUGCUACGCGGCAGGCUGCGCCGAGCGUCGGAGGCGCAGGCGCUGGGUAUGCGACUGCAGCACAUGCCGUCGACUCCUAUCUGGCACGGCACCAGCAGCAAGGGCAGCUUCAACUGCAGCUGCAGCGCCCCUAUCACGAGCCGGUAGCGGUAGCACCUGCAGCUGUAGCGGGCCGAGUGCGGCAGCAGGCAUGGGCGGAUAGUGAUGAAGCCCCUGCGGCUGCCAGCACAAGUUCGGGGCUGCGGUUAGUACCUGCGCCGCAGCGUUAGCUGGACGUGUUUGUGGGCAGUAGGUUUUGUACUAUGAUGCGUUGAUUGUAAAGGCCUUUCAGGGUAAUGUGUUUGGAUUUGGGGAUGCAUGAGCACUGGACUUGCAAGCGCUGGGUUUGAUGACAUCGUCAUGGUGGCCGCUCCGUGCGGGUGGAGCGCGGCGCCUGGACGCAGGGGGGGGCUGAGGCCGCCAGUUCACCGCGAGGCCAGGAGAAGAUGAAAAGGCCGCGAUGUUGCAAAGGAGCAGAUCAGGCCACAAUCUUCUUAGCCCACAUCUCUGCUGUAGGCCUGCGGGUCCACGCCUGUGACCUGUGUGCCGGCAACGCACGGUAUCACAGUACGGUGUGCACAAUGCUGUUGUCAGUUGCAAGAGGCAUUAACAGUGUAGCCGUUCAGCAAUGCCUGGCAACAGCUUAGAACGAACACACUUGCUGCCACCGUAUGUCGCCCGAGGCACCGGAGUGUAUGGGAUUGUGAGCAGGGGGAGGUAGGGGCCCGGCACGAGGGGGGGAGGCGGGGAAGCGCGGCGGGUAAUCCCAUCCUCUCGGGCAAGCCGUAUGAUAAUCGAAAAUCAUACUCGUUUCAUGCGAGUAGGACAGUAAACUGUAAAACCGUAUGUUU